AUGAAGUUGGUUUCAUUGCUCAUUCUAUUUUUCUUGAUUUCUUCAAUCAAUUCUCAAUAUCUCUACAGUAAUCCGUACUUUUCACAAGCUUCUGAAUAUUAUUCUCAAUCUGGAUAUCAACCACAAUAUUCUCCAUAUUAUCAACAACAAUUACAAUAUCCUUCGUCAUAUUACGGUUGGGGAACAAUCAAAAAAUAUUAA